AUGCGAAGACAAGGACAAGUGACACUUCUCCUCCUCCACAUCCUCCUCCUGUCAUGGCCCGAGACCAGCUUCACGACAUGCGGGAACGCGAGGCAGGUGGUGGCAGAGGACAAGGACGCCCUGAGGAGGCUUCAGAGAGUGACCAUGGUGCUGAGAGACGCGCAUGGGAGCAUGAGGAGCAUCCUCCCCGCCUCGUUCCUCAACGAGGUGGCAGACAGGAGCCACGACAUGCCUCCAUGGAUGAACGUAAGUGAUCGGCCGGAGCAGGGGGUCGAUCGGGGGGCCGCCAACUGCAGCUCGAGGAGCCUCCUGGUGAAGGAGUUCCGGGCGAGUGACUUUGUGGGAGGAGUCAGCAUGCAGGACCAGGGCCCGUCGAGGAGGUAUCAGCUCAAGACGCUGCUUGCCCUCGUCAAGGCACAGAUCCCUCCCCUGGCUGUCGACGACUCCACCAGAUCUCUGCAGUACGGGGCAGGAGCAAGAGACUCGCUGGCAAACGUCCAAGAUCCAGGGAGAGCAUGCUCCCGUCCCUUUUGGAUCCCACACCUCGUUGACGUCCCGAUGCGCACAGUGUUCCAGAGGCUGAGAACUUGUGCCUCGGCGAAGCCCGAGCUCGAGCAGCAGAUCGAGGAGGCCAACAACAAGAUUGCCGGCAUGACGGAGGAGGAUCGCCACAGUGCUCGAGCGUUGGCGAAACGAAUCUGUGAGCUCGUGGGAUCCUGGAAGGUUCAUGUCGUCCGAGGGGAAGGGGUGGCGCAGCAGUCCUGGGCAAGAGAGGCUCAGUUCUGCUAUCAGGCUGCAGCGAAGAUCGCAGAGGAAUACAGGUUCUCCGACCUGUACAAACUUUCCACCUGCCUCAAGUCUCAGCUUGCCUGCUUCAUCGCAGCUCAGUUCGGGGGAGAGGGGCCGGGAUGGCUGUCGGGCCCAACGGAGCUCAAACUCGAGCAUGAUCUGAACGAAGUGAAGAGUUCAACGGGUUCGGGCCUCCAGCCUCUCAGUGACGGGAGCUGCGACCGGAAGGACCAGUCCCCUCCAAAGUUACUGUGUUACGACCGUUUGACGGUCACGGGAAAGACGCUGACCAAGAGUGCGAGAGCGGAACCGACGGCAAGCCCGAGGGAAAGAGUCUCAAGAGCAAGACGACGAUCUGUGAAGGGCGGGAACGAGACGUCGUUGGAGCAGUCGGGGUGCAGGGAGAUCUCCCCGACGACUUUCGUCCGACAUGUCUUUUCGGUGUAUCAGGAGCAUCAAACGAGUGAGAUGUACAGCAAGAGAGCGGACAGGCUGGACCUGGACGAGAAGGAGGAGGAGGAGGAGGAGGAGGGGGAGGAGGAGGAGGCCGAAGAUGAGUUUCAUGGGUAUGAACUGAAGGAGGCCAUCGGGGCAGGAGCGUACGGAGAGGUCUGGCUUGCUACACAUGAGGAAUGGGAGGGAGAGAAGGGGGAAGAAGGGGAGGAGGAUGGAGGAGGGGAGGAAUUUCCCCAUGCAGAUCAGUUCGUGCUGAAGAGAUUGUACGUUGAGAAAGGGCAGGAGAUACGACUGAGCGGGAUGAGGGAGGUGCAUUUUGGACUUCAAUUGGCCGGGAUACCGCACGUCUGCAGAUUCAUCGAGUCCUUCGAAGAGCAUGCAAACGAAAAUGUGACGGAGCUUUGGUUGGUGUUCAAGUUCGAAGAUCCAUUUCCAGACAUCUCAAUUCUGGCGGGACCUCCGGCAGUCCUCGCAUGGGAAGUCAUGCGCCAGAUCUUACAGGGAGUCUCUUUCUGCCAUACCAAGAACGUCACUCAUAGAGAUCUGAAGGAGGAGACGCUUGACUACGCUCCUCCUGAAGUUCUGUUCGGGGAUGGCGUCCCCUGUGCGGCCAUGCGACCACAUUCAUACGAUCUGUGGUCUGUCGGGGUGAUUUUCCUAGAGAUGCUACUGGGAACAAGCAAGGUGUUUCAGAUCGACGGGAGGACGAGAGCUUUCAUGACAGUCAAGAUGCCCAACGCUCCUUCCAAGAUGAUCGAGCAGGAUGCAAGGAGCAUCCAAGGUGCCAGCUCUGCCAGCAACGAUGAAAAUUCUCCAUCCUCGCUUGCGGGGGCGCUCUCCCAAUUCGCAAAACAACAGAGUUCUCGGCAAGACGCCAUGGAGAAGGAGGAGGAGGAGGAGGAGGAGGAGGAGGAGGCAAGCAACGCAUUGCAGGAAGCGCUGCUGAAGCGGGACCCUCUUGGUAUUGGACUGCCCGAUAGACAAGCUGUCAACCUCCUGCGUAGUCUGCUGCGGUGGAACGCAGAGGAGAGGAUCUCAGCAGAAGCUGCCUUGAAGCAUCCCUACUUCGUGGGAAGCUAG